CAAUCGUCCGUGGAACGGCCGGGGUCGAGCUAAUCAAAGAGAAGCAAUAUCCCCCCUCCACGGCAAACCCAAAAACAAAAACAAAUACGCAAAAAAAAAAAAAAAAAAAAAAGAAGAAGAAGAGGUAGCAUACACACAAAAUAUAUAUGGAGUCAACCGUAGUAAUAGACAUCAACGUAAAACAAAGUGGCGUCGUUGCAACUGAUCUGGUUUCCCAGACAGCAGCCAAGAAGCCAGCCGGCGUUGCGUCAGUUUCACUUUGGUUUCCGAAGGAUGAAGGCAGCGGGAAGAGCGCCGGAGGUGCAACGAACAAUGGCGGCGGGGAGAGGAUGAAGGUGAUGAGGAAAUGGAUCCACAGUGUCAAAGUUGGAGCGGCGCUUGUGUUGGUAUCUCUACUCUACUUCCUGGACCCGCUGUACAAGGAAGUUGGUGACGAUAACGCCAUUUGGGCUAUCAUGACGGUUGUUGUCAUCUUUGAGUUUCAUGCUGGGGCGACACUUAGCAAAGGGAUGAAUCGGGUGAUUGGAACCGUAGUGGGAGGUGGGUUGGGAUGUUUGGUGGCAACUACGGGCCAGAAACUUGGUGGGAUUGGCAACUCUGUUAUCGUCGGCCUCGCUGUGUUUUCCGUGGCUGGAGGGGCGACAUACUUCCGGCAGACGCACAAGAGCAACGUGUUCGACUACGGGGUGAAUAUUUUCAUCCUCACAUUCAGCCUGGUGGCGGUUUCGGGGCUGCGAAUCGAGAACGUGAUGGAAAUAGCGAGGGAGAGGCUGCUGAUGAUCUUGCUGGGAUUCAUGACCUGCAUCUUCACCAGCUUGUUCGUCUUCCCCAUAUGGGCCAGCGACGAGCUUCACUCUUCCUUGUCCUCCAGAUUCCAUCAACUCUCCACUUCCUUCCAAGGGUCCGUGGAGGAAUACUUCAAAAGUAGUAGUGAUGGCAACAUGGAGGAGGAGGAGAAGGAGCCAUCCUCAAUCCCCCAGCAGCCAGUUGUUGAUGACUAUUUCAGGACUUGUGAGAAGGUGUUGCAGUCCAAAUCCAAAGAUGAAUCCUUGGUUGUAGCUGCGAGAUGGGAGCCGUGGCACGGGAAAUUCGGGCUGUCGUAUCCGUGGGACAAAUACAAGAGGAUAGGGGAAGUAGUGAAUGAGCUGGCCGCAGCCAUCCUCUCACUCAAAUCUUGUCUAAAAUCACCAACACAGGCAGAACAAACCAACAGAGAAUCAAUCAAAGAGCCCUGCCAAGCCGCAGCUGCGUCGCUGGCGUGGACCAUCGGAGAGCUAGGCGACAGCAUUUGUGGGAUGCGAAGAUGCAAUCCCGAGACCUCGAUACUGCCGGAGUUGAAAUCGGCGAGGCUGGAGCUAAGCAGGGCCGCCACGACGCCGUUUCAGCGAGGAUCAGAUAAAGGCAGCGACGCUGAGACACUUGGGAUGGCGAGCUUUGUAUUCGCGUUGAUGGAGAUCGUGGAGGUUUUGGAGCAACUGGCGAAGGAGGUGGACGAGCUCGGCCAAACCGCCGGUUUCCAUGAAACCUAAUGAUGAUGACGAUGAAGAUGCUAGCUAGUACGUACGCAAUAUAAUCCGUCAAGAAAUAUAUAUAGCCGCGUGGGAGAUCUAUUUUCAAUUAAUGAAGAAGAAACCAAACUAUAUUGAUGUAUUGGGCCAAAUAUUUUUGGGCUCGGUGGGUCGAUGUUAAUGCAUUAACUCCCAUGCAGUACAAGAAGUAAAUAAAAUUAACGUGUGAAGUGUGAACCAUAACAUUUUAUGGGGAAAAAAAUAUAUAAUCGAGAAAGCAAUAAAAAGGAUGUUGAAAUGUGUUAAAUUUGUUAUUCUUAUGAGAUCUCAUUGUUCGAAUAACAAGGUAGAGUUUGA